GCUCGACCGCAUUUUUUUUUUUUUUUACGCCGGUUAAUAAGGUGUUUGCAGCGUGCAUUGCACUACCGUGUCAGCCAUGGCUUCUGAAGAACCCAAAGCAAAGAAACCCAAACUUUCGGUGGAGGAGAAGACGGAGUCUCCGACCAAAGAGACUCCUGCCAAACUAAGCCCUAAUUCACUCUUUGGAAUGGGAAACCCCUUGUUGGACAUCUCUGCUGUAGUGGACAAAGACUUCUUGGACAAGUACACUCUGAAGCCCAAUGACCAGAUUCUGGCAGAGGACAAACACAAAGCACUAUUUGAGGAGCUGGUGAAGAAGUUUAAAGUUGAGUACCACGCUGGAGGAGCCACACAGAACUCUAUAAAGAUUGCUCAGUGGAUGAUUCAAGAACCCCAUAAAGUGGGCACAUUUUUUGGCUGCAUUGGCAAAGACAAGUUUGGAGAGAUCCUGAAGCAUAAGGCUGAGGAGGCCCAUGUCGACGCCCACUAUUACGAGCAAGAUGAAGAGCCCACAGGGACGUGUGCUGCUUGCAUCACUGGGGAUAACAGGUCUCUGGUAGCUAACCUAGCUGCUGCUAACUGUUAUAAGAAGGACAAGCAUCUAGACCUGGAAGAAAACUGGAAGCUGGUGGAAAAGGCCAAAGUCUGUUAUAUUGCAGGUUUUUUCUUGACUGUCUCUUUGGAGUCCAUCCUGAAAGUGGCAAAGCACGCGGCUGAAAAUAACAAGCUGUUUUGCCUGAACCUCUCUGCGCCCUUCAUCUGCCAGUUCUUCAAGGACAACCUCAUGCAGGUUAUGCCCUACGUUGAUGUGCUGUUUGGCAAUGAGACGGAGGCAGCAGCAUUUGCUAAAGAGCAAGACUUUGAGACCAAUGAUGUUAAGGAAAUUGCUAAGAAAGCCCAGGCUUUACCCAAAGUCAACACAAAGAGACAGAGGAUUGUAGUGUUGACCCAGGGGAAGGAUGACACUGUUAUGGCCAUGGGCGACAAGAUUGAGACGUUCCCUGUACUGAAGAUUGACCCCAAGAACAUUGUCGACACAAAUGGUGCAGGUGACGCCUUUGUAGGAGGUUUCCUGUCUGAGCUGGUCCAGGAGAAACCUCUAGAUCAAUGCGUGAAGGCUGCACACUACGCUGCCAACAUCAUCAUCAGACGAGCAGGUUGCACCUUCCCAGAAAAGCCUGACUUCAAAUGACACACUCAUGGACAGCUUUUCCUUCAGCCCGAAACCGCAUGCACACCAUACCAUACACAACUCUAACCCAUAAACUCUGCUAUUUUGUACCAGUGCUGCCAUCAGUUCUUGUAACACCAUUUCUUAAAAUCAGCCACCCGUCCAUGUUUUUCAAUCCAUCCACACAUCAUUUCUUACCAGUUGUUGGUUUGGUGCUUCCUGAUAUGUGUGUCUGUCUCUGUGUCCUCCACUUGGGGCCACUAGAGGAUCAUGAGCCAAUGCAGGAAUUUAUUCACAUAUAAAUGGACCGUAAAGGAGGCGUGAUAACACCAUGGAAUGUGACCAGUUUUAAUUCAAAUGCAGUGUUUUUAUAGGCUGUAGUUUUAGGAUUGUUUCUAGAUGUAUUUCGGCUCUGACAGUGCCAGCAUCUGGCUGCACUAAACUCAUCAGACUCUGCUGCAAGUUCUUGUGUUGACAUCCCACAAGUCUGUUUUUUACUUCUUCCUCUUGGAGACAGAAUCAAUGCACAAGAGGCUAAUUUUACAACGGGAGGACACCUUAUAUGAAAACAGAGGGCUAAAGGUUUCGUAUACUGCGUUGAUAAUGUGCAGUAGUGAUUUGUUUUAGAUUUUUUUAAAGAUGAAUUAAUCUUGAAUAUUAGUUAAGACUUGUUUUAAUUGAACAGACUAGUUAAGAAACCAAAUGUUUUUAUUUUAAGUGCAUUCUUUUAAAUAUGUCGAAGCUUCUGCCCAAUGCGUCCUGUGAUCAGUGUUAAAUGUCACCUGUACUAUGUCACUUAUGUUCAGAAGUUACCUUCAACAUCAAUAUUGUGGAAGUUUGUGGCAGUUUUUGGGCAGGUCCUUCUAAUCAUGAGUGCCUUUUUUUCCUUUCCCUCUAUGUAAAUGUUAAUAAGUUUAAAGUCUUGAUGAGCAGAGGCCUACAGGUGAAACUGCAUUUGUCUUUAUAGGGAAGCUUGCAUGUUAGACCAGUGAUGAGCAGCUGUUGGCUUGUUGGGCUAAAAUGCAUGUAAGGUAUCUGGCACUGUGGGAAAGAGGUCAUUGUAUUUGAAUGUUUUCUGUCAGAGGUAUACAGUGGGCAUUAAAAUUUACUGGUACUUUA